GUCUCAUGUUGCCCACUGCUGGAGGAGGGUAGCAUCUGCAGCGGCUGCCUGGACGCCAGCCAGUGGCUGUCUGUGUGUAUUGGUCGGGAAAAGACACAGCCAGUCUAUCUCGACUUUUCCAGAAAGACCCAGAAAGCUAUUCAACAUUGCGUAUUAGGUGACUCAACAGUAAUUUAAAUGUAACCUUGAGCCCCUGCAUAAAAAGGCCUCGGGAACGCUGCUGAGGCGGAGAUCAGCGGGAUAGGAAAUCGGCUUUUGUGCGAGAUUAAAACUUGCUGAUCCCCAUCGAAAUAAAGAGAAGGGAACAGAAGACAUCAUGUUAACCCUGUGGCUUGUUGUCUUGCUUGCUGUGAGUGAAAGCUUUCAAGAGCUUCCGCCAGAGAAACUCAAAAAGCUUUCAACUGAGGGACAAAAAUAUCUAAAUAAACAACUUGAAAAUGCUAUCGAUGGAGCAAAAGUUAUGAAAUCACUCGCAGAUAAAAAUGACCAAGAACACCGGAUGUUCUUACGAAACUUGGAACAAACCAACAAGCAAAAAAAGGAAGCACUUCUGGCUGCCAAAGAUGCUCAGAAAAAGCUGAAUGAAGCUGAGCAAUGUCAGUCCAAAGAAUCCCUGUGGGAAGAGUGCAAGCCAUGCUUGAAGCAAACAUGUACACAGUUCUACUCAAGAGUUUGCAGGAGAGGCUUUGGUACCGUUGAAAAAGAAGUGGAAAAAUUCUUCAAUGAAACACCAGCAGUUUCUGUUUGGGUUAAUGGUGAAAAAAUGGACUCACUGAUUGAAAAGAAUGAAGAACUGGGUGAACAAUUUGAACAUGUUGAAAGACAGUAUGAGGACAUGGAUGAAUUGUUCAAAGAGAGCACAAGGGCCUUUGAAGCAAUGGAUAGAUUGACUGACAGUCCCUUUGGCAGCUUUGGAUUUUUCCCAAAGCGUUUUUCCUUGUUUCCAGAUUACUCCUUUCCCCACUUUAGACCCAGCAUCUUUGAUGGUCAUGGAAUGCUUUCUUCUUUCUUCGACAUGACUCAGAGGAUGUUUGAAAGAUUCCAUAAGAUCAUGCAUGAUCCUGAAUUAAAUAAAGAACUGUUUUCUGAGGGAGAAGAGCAAAAUGUGACAAAAUCACCAGAUGGAAAGGAUCGAUUCAUCUGCCAUGAAAUACGUCGGAACUCAUCUGGCUGCAUGAAGCUUUCCAACAAGUGUGAAAAAUGCAAGGAACUUAUGUCCUUGGAGUGUUUUGAUGCAGAUCACAAGCCUUUACGAAAGGCAUUUGAAGAAUCUCUCGCAAUGGCGGAAAACUUUGCAAAGAAAUAUGAUAACCUGAUGGAAGAUUUUCAACAAUACAUGGAAAAUAAAACAAAGGAGUUGGAAACUCUUAACAAACAGUUUGGAUGGGUGUCUAAACUGGCAAAUUAUACAAAAAGCCCAGAUGGAUUUUUCAGAGUUAAAGCUAUACUGUCAAGAUCUGAAAGCAACAACAGUACGACCAGCGAUCCUGAUAUCAAUGUAACUGUCCAGAUAUUUGAUUCGCCUCCAUUGACUUUCACUGUCCCAGGAAAAUUUGACUGGGAUGAUCCAGAGCUCUCAGAAAUGCUGGCACAGAAAGCAUUGGACCUCUACAAUGAGAGGAAGAUAUCAGAAGACUUACCAACUCGCCAGCUGGAAACCAUAGAAGCGUGAAAGGAGCAAGUUCUUGCUUUACUUGCUUUGAAGACUACUUCCAUAAACCUUAGCGUAUAGCAAAUAGGUUUAUAGCACAAAGCUACUGAAAAUCUUCUGCACUAAUGUUGCUGGCCUACUGCAUUGCUGCUAUCACUUAACAUGAACUAUUAAAUAAAUGCUUUUGGAAGCAAGAUAAA